AUGGACGGCACGCCAGGGGGCAGGAGCAGUAAGUCCUUGAGACCAGAAGACAAUCCUGACACCAGUUUCUUUUCAAACCCAUGGAUGGGGGAUAUUGUGUCUGAUUGGUCUCCUAUGCAUGAAGCUGCUAUCCAAGGACGUCUGUUGUCUCUGAGAAGCCUCAUCAACCAGGGGUGGCCUGUGAACCUCAUCACAGCAGAUGGUGUGUCCCCACUCCAUGAAGCCUGCCUUGGAGGUCACGUCUCUUGUGCAAACAUUUUAUUAAAGCAUGGAGCUCAGGUGAAUUGUGUCACCGCCGACUGGCACACUCCUUUGUUCAAUACCUGUAUCAGCGGCAGCCUGGACUGCAUGACUCUGCUUCUACGUCACGGUGCCAGCCCCCACCCGGUGAGCGACCUGGCAUCUCCCAUCCAUGAAGCUGCUAAGAGAGGCCACGUGGACUGCGUCGAGAUCCUGGCAGCUCACGGAGGCAACCUCAACCUCAACAUCAGACACCUGGGCACCCCUCUGUAUAUGGCGUGCAGGAAACAGCAGGUGGCCUGUGUCAGGAAGCUUCUGGAGUCAGGAGCAAGUGUGAACGAAGGCCGAGGUCUGGACUCCCCUCUUCACGCAGCGGCCAGGGCAUCCAAUGGGGAGCUGGCCAUCCUGCUCAUGGAUUUUGGAGCGAACCCCCAGGCCAGGAACGCUGAUGGCAGAUGUCCCUUGGAGUUGGUGCCUCCAGAGAGCCCUCUGACUCAGAUCUUCUUGGAGCGUGAAGGGCCUCCUUCUCUGCUGCAGCUGUGCCGCCUUCAAAUCCGGAAGUGCUUCGGAAUCCAGCAGCAUCAUAAGAUCAACGAGCUCUUUCUCCCAGAGGAGCUGAAGCGUUUUCUCCUGCACAUGUAA